AUGAUUGAGAUGAAUUCGGAAGUGAUUAGUGUGGGAGUGCCGACCAACAGGUUUAGGUCAUGUGACACCAUAAAUGAUUCCGUUGAUACCAAGUCGCUGUUCAGGUUCGAUUUGACCAACUAUUACACUGUUUGCAGAUUUCAAAGGGACAGGGAUACUUUUAAAAGUUUUGUGUGGUCAGAUAUCGUAUCUUUGCUUGAUAUAUUACCGAUAAUGGGUGUCCUUUACAAUAUCUGUGCCAUACUAGUUAUUUAUUUACAAUGUCCCACGUGUUUCCCAGAUACACUUUUUUACGUUCACCUGGUUGCGGCCAUGAUCCAUUGUAUCCUUUGCGGCGUCUGUUUAAUAAAAACCACCAGGACCAGACUUCCGGUCUUUCACCCCUUAUUUCCCGUAUUAAUCAUCAUUGCCGUGAUAUUAUGGGAUGGAACAAAUUAUUUGACCGGAUAUGCGUAUCUCUGGUUGCAGGUGCUGAUCUUUAUUAAUAUGAUGACUUUCUCGGGACGGUUACUUUUCUCUCUACCCGUAUGUCUGAUUUUGUUUUCAAGUGUCCUGAUACCACAAGGAAUACAACAAUACACACAGAGCCAUGAGUGGAUACCGCAGAUUAUUAUGAACGUGAUUGUGUUCCUGUGUAUGAUGUCACAUGGAUUUGCUGCUUACUUCUCACUGGAAAAUGAAUACCUUAUGACAUUUCUGGAAGAUUUAAGAUUAUCUAAGUACAAAAAAAUCGUUUCUGAGGAACAAAUGUUGAAGAACAAUAUCAUGAAAGCAUCGUUUCCGAAACGAAUAGCGGAGGAAAUAACCCGAGCGUUUGAUAUCGACUCGUGUGGACCGUUUCGUAAAAUGUACAUCUCAAAAAAUGACAAUGUAACUAUCGUCUUUGCGGAUAUAGUAGGAUUCACGACAAUAUCCUCCUUCUACAGUGCUGAACGUCUUGUGGCUUUGUUAAAUGACAUUUUCCUAUCGUUUGAUAGAAUCGCAGAUAAAUAUCAUCAGCUGAGGUUGAAGAUUUUGGGCGACUGUUAUUAUUGUAUCUGUGGAAUACCUGAGCCCAAGGAAGAUCACGCCAGUCUCUCUGUCUCAAUGGGUUUCGGUAUCAUGGAUGCUAUCAGCGUGAUUUCUUCAAAAAUGAAAAUGAGGGUAGGCGUGCAUACCGGAAGUGUAUUAAGUGGAGUGCUUGGUCUUAGUCAGUGGCAGUUUGACGUCCUUGGACAAGAUGUUAAGAUUGCUAAUCUGAUGGAAAGUUCCGGAGUUCCAGGGAAAGUUCAUAUCACGCACGUGACACGUGCGUUGCUAAGUGACGAUUACGUUAUAACGCCAAGUAAUGCUGGAGAAAAGGUGGACUUUCUAAAGCGUGCUGGUAUACGCACAUUCUUCAUUUCACAAAGCCGCAAUAAAGAGCAUGCUGAGAUUGAAGAAGAGGUUUCCGACAUUUUAGAUUCGGACGACGCAUGGGAUACUCAUGAAAUUUCCGAUAUCUGUGAUACGACAAUUGGCGAGAUGAACGUGUACCCUGUCUCUCUUGGAUUCAGAAACAUCAUCACGGAAAAGCAAUACCUGUAUCGCCGCCAGUUCCUCGGUCUUCAGCCUUAUCCCUUUGUGUUUGUGUUAAUGGUCGUCUUUACGAACAACUUUACCAGUUUCUUCAAGUCCUGGAAUGUCAUGGUGUCUUCGUGCCUUGGGUCAGUUAUAAUGCUGUUGAACGUUCUCACUAUGACUGAGGGUAUUGACGGUCUCUCCGAAAAGACCCUGAUUGUCCAUUUUGCCGAAAACGUCCUUAUCUUCAUUUCGGCUAUUUUCUCGCUUUUUGCCUGGCUAGACACGGAUGUAUGGACAUCUGACAACGAAACUUCUUCCAUUUUCAAUGCUACCGGAAAUGCUACACCGGAUGUGGAAUCACCGAUGACAUUCGUCUUGUGUGAUUAUGUGUACCUGCGCUUACUGUUGCUGAUGAUUGGCGUCAACGAGACAGUGAAAUUACGACACAGUUUGAAGUGCCUCAUCGUCGUAUUAUUUGCUUUUGUUUCCCUUAUGCAUCUUGUACAUUUACAUCCAAACGGCAAGUACACAAAUACAGCAGAGGAUAUGAUCUCACCUGCCGGAACCGUGCUCAGUUUUUUGGUAAUUAUUGUUCUGAUGAAUAGAAAGGUUGAAACUGUGAAGCGAAAGAUGUUUCUUCAAAGAACGAAAGCCAUAGGUAAUCAUGAAUUGCUGAGGAAGCUGAGAAGGAAGAACAAGGACCUGCUUUACAAUUUGAUUUUCCCCGACAUAGCACGGGAUCUACUCUCCAAACCAGAUCUAACGCACGCUCUGAGCCAAAGCUACGAUGAAGUCGGGGUUAUGUUUGCCGCUUGCCCCCAUUUUGAUGAAUUCUACACAGAAAAUUGUAACUAUGAAGACGGCAUGGGAUGUGUACGCUUCCUCAACGAAAUAAUUUCGGAUUAUGACGAGUUGAUACAGGAACCGGAGUUUAAAAAUCUGUGCAAGAUCAAAACGAUUGGUGCUACAUACAUGGUUGCGAGUGGCCUCCAGAAACAUUUCGACUGUACCAACACGGAGGAAAAUGAUAGAAGCAGACGUAGAGAACAUCUUGCUUUACUCGUACGAUUUGCGUUGAAAAUGAUGGAUGUUGUGGAGAGCAUAUCACAGGAAUCAUUCACAAACUUCAAACUUAGAAUCGGGAUAAACCAUGGCCCGUUGACUGCUGGAGUGAUAGCUCACAAACCACACUACGAUAUUUUCGGUAAUACCGUCAAUGUAGCCAGUCGUAUGGAAAGUACAGGGGUCAUAGACAAAAUACAGGUGCUGAAGAAUACAGCACAGGUUUUACAGAAAUAUGGCUAUAGUUUUAAGUCACGAGGUCCAAUAGAUGUGAAGGGGAAAGGCAGCCUUGUGACGUAUUUAUUGUCAAGGUCAGACAGCCAUGUUUCUUCCACACGAGAGGAUCAUCAUGGAAGUUAG